AUGUCUCUCAAGGUGAUCCUCGUAGCGUGUGUGGCCGCGGUGGCUCUGGCCGAUAAGGCUCCCGUGUACCACCAACCACCUGUUUACGCCGCACCCACGUACCACGCUCCCGACCCUUACAAGCAGCCAGAAUACCCAACUGCACCACCCAAGUACAACUACAACUACGGCGUCGCCGACGGAUACUCCGGCGUCAACUUCGCCGCCUCGGAGUCCCGCGACGGCUACAAGACCGAGGGUAGCUACACCGUCGACCUCCCCGACAGCCGGAAGCAGAUCGUCAAAUACGUGGACAACGGCGAUGGUCUCGUAGCUGAGGUCACCUACGAGGGCGAGGCUCAGUACCCCGAGUACAAGCCCACCUACAAGCCCGCUCCCUACAAGCCCGCUCCCUACCACGCUGCCCCCAAGUACCCCGUGUACUAA